AUGUACUCUCAUCGUCUUCUGGUCCUAUCAUUUCUCUACAGUUCUCAACUCGCCUCUGGAUAUAUUGCGAACGCUACUGUUUGGGAAAAUCCAAACUGCUCAGGCUCCCAGACCACUAUCGAAAUUGACGUCUCUGAUAGCCAUUGUUUCGAUGUUCCAGGAGCUGCUUUUAGCCACUAUUCAGAGAGCCCGUUGUUCGCAUCGGAAUACAACGUUGGUUGCGAUGUGUUCACUUUCUCUAAUAAUGGCUGUUUCUAUGGUGGUCUAGGUGGGAAAGCGAGUUGCGCCCAUUUCGGGCCUGACGUAGUUGAUUGUCAACAAAACAUCCCACUUCCUAAUAGUGGACAAUGUGUUCCUAUUCCAUUUGCGUCAAUCCAGUUGGAUUGUUCCCGGUAUACAGGAGAUGCUUAA